GGUAUUUCAUGUUAGUCCUGGAUAGUCCUGGAUUUCUCAGGUUUAAUCCUAAACUCAGGCUGUGUAAUGUUUCUGUGCAUGUUCUCCCCAUGUCCACAUGAUUUUCAUUCAGGUUCUCCGGUUUCCUCCCACCUCCCAAAGAUGGACUUAAUCCCCCCUACUGUACGUUUAACUGUGUGUGUGGCAUCCCAUCCAGGGCGUAUUAUCAGGGUAGGCUCUGGUUACACUGCUAUCCUGUUGAGCAUAAUGUGGUUACUAUGAAUGAAUGAUUGAAUAUUAUUGUUUUAUUUUACUGGACUAUUUUGCAAAAAUACAUCGGCAUAAGCUCGGUCCGUCUAUCCAGGAGAGAAAAUAAAGCUGUGUCCUAAUCAGGAAAGGGUACCUACACAAUCAAAUAUGUUGGAAACAGAUAUGAGAGCAGCCCUAAUCCAAAGGGCACUUCAGCAUAAGGAAGUAGACAGUGUCAUUACGCAGUCCCAGUGCUGUAUAGAUCUCAGUGCAUUAUAGUGCAAAUGUGAAACCAGACUACAAAACAAGCCAGAAAUCAUGGAGAAAGCAAUGGUGGUUACUCUGAUCAUAACUCUGCUAACAGGGUUCAGUCAAGAGCAGAAUAUAUUACCACCAGGACCAAUCAAUAAGGAAGUAGGAGCAAAUGUGCUUUUUACCAUAAUCUCUUCCCCUGAACCAGUACAUGCUAUCAGAUGGCACUUCAAUGGCAGUGAAGUGAUCAGGUAUAUCCCUCCAGGACCUGAGAUAGUGAACUCCGACUACCGUGGUAGAGUCUUUCUGAACUAUAGUUCAGGAGACCUAGAGCUAAAAGGCCUGAGCAUGAAUGACUCUGGACAGUACACCAUAAUCUUAACAUUUCAAAGUGGUCUAGGGGUUCAAGACCAUACUUUACUGCAAGUUUUUGAGCCAGUGUUUGUUAUAAGUAUCACCAGCCCUGAGGGCAAUCUCAUUGAGUAUAGCAGUGCCAACUUCACCUGUGAGGGAAAUGGCACCAUCAGUACUACAGUGUGGAUGAAGGAAUAUGAGAUUCUAGCUCCUAGCAGCAGCAUCCAAUUCUUGGAUGACAACAGAACAAUGGUGAUCAGUCCGGUGAAGAGAUCAGACAGUGGUAAUUACCAAUGUGCAAUGAGUAACCCUGUCAGCUCUAGCAGUGCCCAUUACAGCAUUACUGUUAACUAUGGGCCAGAUGUGAGGAUAUUUGGUGCACAGACUUUAGAGGAAGGCUCAGAUAUCCUCCUCCUCUGCUCCCCUGAUUCUGUGCCCCCUGCCACUAUUACAUGGACUGUGAAAGGCAUGUCUACAAGAAGUGCAGCCCUGUAUGUCACAGAAAACAGUAACCCAAGCGAUAGUGGGGAUUAUAACUGUACGUGCUGGAACAAUGUCACUGGGAUCACAGCCUCUGCAGUUCAAGUUCUGACAGUGAGAGCUCUGACUCGUAGAGACAUGGACUCCACAAGACCUCUGAAGGUGUGCUGUGGUAUCUGGCAGCAGAUCUUCCUCCAUGGAUUGGACUUGUUUGUCCAGCACAUCCCACAGAUGAUCGAUUGGAUUGAGAUUUGGGGAAUUUGGAGGCCAAGUCAACACCUUGAACUCCUUGUCAUGUUCCUCGAACCAUUCCUGAACAAUUUAUGCAGUAUGGCAGGGCGCAUUAUCCUGCUGAAAGAGGCCACUGCCAUUAGAGAAUACUGUUGCCAUGAAGGGGUGUACUUGGUCUGCAGCAAUGUUUAGGUAGGUGGUAUAUAUCAAAGUAACAUCCACACGAAUGCCAGGACCCAUUGCAGAACAUUGCCCAGAGCAUCACACUGCCUCGCCCGUCUUGCCCUCUUCCCAUAGUGCACCUGGUGCCAUUUUUUGUAAGUGACGCACACACACCUGGCAGUCCACAUGAUGUAGAAGAAAAUGUGAUUCAUCAGACACAUUCUUCCAUUGUUCCAUGGGCCAGUUCUGAUGCUCAUCUGUCCAUUGUAGGCACUUUCGGCAGUGAACAGGAGUCAGCAUGGGCACUCUGACCGGUCUGCGACUAUGCAGCCCCAUACGCAGCAAGCUGCAAUGAACUAUGUGUUCUGACACCUUUCUAUCAUAGCCAGCAUUAACUUUUGUGCUACAGUAGCUCUUCUGUGGGAUUAGACCAGACGAGCUAGCCUCCCCACAUGCAUCAAUGAGCCUUAGGUGCCCAUGACUCUGUUGCCGGUUCACCGGUUGUCCUUCUUUGGACCACUUUUGGUAGGUACUAACCACUGCAUAUUGGGACACCCCACAAGACCUGCCAUUUUGGAGAUGCUCUGAACCAGUCAUCUAGCCAUCAUAAUUUGGCCCUUUUCAGAUCCUUAGGCUUUCCCAUUUUUCCUGCUUCCAACACAUCAACUUCUGUUCACCUAAUUUAUCCCAUCCCUUGACUGGUGCCAUUGUAAUGAGAUAAUAAAUGUUAUUCACUUCACCUGUCAGUUGUUUUAAUGUUAUGGCUGAUCGGUAUAUACUGAUCGUAUAUUUUGAUGCAUAUGUAAUAACUCAGUGUUGAGAGAAACUGUGCUUAUAUCAGUACACUGUGAAUUGUGCAAUUAUAAAGGCUGUGAAUACAUCCUCAUCAAUCCAUAAUCCUAAUCUUAGUCCUAAACUUGGUCAUAAAAUAACUCUUGGUCUAAGAUGAAAGCAAUAUCUUUGUCCGUUCACAAAAACAUUAACUCAUUAUUAAAUUAACAGAAUUUUUAAAAAUGUAUUUAAAACAAGUUAUUUCAAAAACUUUAAAAAUAGUAUAUUUAAUUAAAAAUUAAAAUGUUUUAAAAUUAAUUACUACUUAACCGAAUAAUGUUAAGUGUAAUAAGUAACAGGCUUAUAAACUGUCAUAGUUAAAGUUCAAACAGAAUUGAAGUACAGUCUAUUAUUUGGCUUGUAUGCUGUCUUCUUGCCAUUCAUUUAUCACGUUUUUGUCUAUAAUCUUUUUCACAUGUGUAUGUGUG